UUACUAUUAUGAGUAUACGAAUCACUCACUAACUGAUUCAUAGAAUUCAGACUGUAGCUACAGUCGUAGCUAACGUAUAAGCCGCGGAAUAAAAUUUUUGCGUGAUUUGUAUUUUUUAAACAGAGCUUAGCGUAUUGAGCACUAAGAAAAAAUAUGGCGUCCGAAAAUAGCACUGUUGAUACCGCUUAUACCAAAUUUUACACGCGGGAAGAAGUCGCUAAGCAUAAUGAUAGUAAAGAUCUGUGGUUUAUUAUUCACAAUAAAGUUUACAAUGUGACUCAAUUUAUAAGUCAUCCUGGUGGAGAAGAAGUUCUUUUGGAACAAGGUGGUCAAGAUUGUACAGAAGCCUUUGAAGAUAUUGGUCAUUCAAGUGAUGCAAGAGAAUUAAUGGAGAUAUUUAAAAUUGGAGAAUUAGUAGAAGAGGAAAGAACAAAGGGAAGGAGUGAUGUAACUGAUGUGUCUGAUGUAGAUAAUUCAAGUUGCAGUGGUUCUUGGCGAUCGUGGCUGAUUCCAAUUGCUCUUGGGGUACUGGCGACUCUUGUCUAUCGUUACUUUACCAAAGCACACUGAAUCAUUCCUGAUAUUUAUUUUUUUGUAAUUUGUAUUAUACAUAAACGAAUGUUAUAAAUAACUAAUCAAAGAGUACUAUGUAUAUUGCACAUAACUACAGUCUUGUUUUAUGACAUGAAAUUGCACACACAAACUGGCCUAGCAUAAAGACAUUUAUAAAACAAAAAUUCAUUUGUUAUAUUUAAGCUAAAAUAUAUAUAAACACGCGCUCGCGCGUUUCAUACACAUGUAAUAAUACGAAUUAUAUUAACUGCAAGUACAAAAAUAAAAUAAUUUUAUUUACAUACUG